GUUCGAGUUCACAGACAGACGAGGAACCAGACCAGACCAUCCGAAGACAAAAGACUGCCUGCUGCUGCUGCUGCUGCUGCUGCUCUCUGCAAGUGCAUGCUUCUGAUCGUGCAGAGCUGCUAACCCACGACCCACUGCGAUGUGCAAGUGCACCGGUCCUAUGACGUAAGGGUGAGGGAGGGAGGGCGAGUGAGGGGGGAGAGAGUAUGGAAGUAAAUCUGUGCCAUCUGAUUUUGAAUUUGAAUUUCUAAAGUUGUUUUUUUUUUGCAUCAGAAUCAGACCUUAAGUUCAAAACCGUCAGAUUACAAGCACACAUUUAUUUUCUGAUACUUAUUUUUUUUCAGAGAUGAUUUAAAUUUAGUGGAAAAAAUUAGUCUCUCAAAAUAUUUGUUGAGUAAAAAUUCGACUUAAAAACUGUAAAAAAAAUUUCAACAUGAAAAAAAAAUUUGUUUUAAAUAAUUCAGUGUAAAGGAGACCGACUCAACAUCCUGGUAACCAGAAGAAGUAUGGAAGUAAAUCUGUGCCAUCUGAUUUUAAAUUGUUUUUUUCCGAAGCAGAAACAGUCUUUAAUUUCAAAAUUGUCAGAUUUUAAGCACGCUUUUUUUUCCUGAUCCUUUUUUUUUUAAGAUUAAAUACAUUAAGUUUUAAAAAUUUGGUCUCUCAAAAUAUUUGUUUAGGAAAAAUUUGACUUAAAAAACUAUGUAAAAAAAUUCAACAUAAAAAAAAUUCAGUGUAAAAAAUUUCAGCGUAAAAGAGACAGAAUCAUAUGGAAGUAAAUCUGUGCCAUCUGAUUUUGAAUUUGAAUUUCUUAAGAUGAUUUUUUUUGUGUGUGUGCAUCAGAAUCAGACUUUGAUUUUAAAAACAUCAGUCAAAACCAUCACCAUUUGAGACACCUUUUUUUUUUUUACUGAAUUUAUUUAAUCUUUUUUAUUUCAAAAAAAUAAGUAUCAGAAAUAAAAAUGCAUGCUUGAAUUCUGUUGGUUUUAAAAUCAAAGUCUGAUUCUGAUGCACACACACACAAAAAAUCAUCUUUAAAAAUUCUAAUUAAAAAUCAGAUGGCACAGAUUGACUCCCAUAUGAGUCGGUCUCUUUUACACAGAAUUUUUUUACACUGAUAUUUUUUUUAUUAUAUUGAAUUUUUUUACACAUUUUUUUUUUAAAGUCAAAUUUUUCCUAAACCAAUAUUUCGAGAGAACUUUUUUUUUUACACUGAAUUUAUUUAAUCUCGGUGAAAAAAAUAAGUUUCAGAAACAAAAAAGUAUGCUUGAAAUUCAAUGGUUUUGAAGUUCAAAGUAUGAUUUUGAUGCAAAAAAAAAAUCAGCAUUAGACAUUCAAAUUCAAAAUCAGAUGGCACAGAUUUACUUCCACAAGAGAGAGGGGAACGGGGGUCCGAAAUUAUUAAUAGACAUCCAAGUGUCAGUCAGAUUGUUGUUAUUUAGCUUUCAAAUGAAGUAUUAAAUAAAAUAUAAUAUGUGAUGAAUAAUUGAAGUGUGAAGGAGGGAACAGUUUAAUUAGUAAAAGCAGCAGAAAGUUGCACCAGUAAAAUCCAAAUAAUGAAAUAAAGCUCCAGACUAUAAAUAGUGACGUUCACAGACACUGUUGCCCUAAUUCUGUCAAUGAGGGUUUUUUUUUAGAUAAUGCUGAAAUUGUAAAGCAAUAGACGCCCUGCAACAGUAAUGACAAUAAACGGCCACUAGGUAUCAGUCAAAUCCUGUCUAAGAUAAUUCAGGUCUUUUUUCACUCAAACAAAGAUGUCAUCUCAAUAAUGACGCUGCAUGCUGAAAGUGAGCUGACACAGGUCCUUUGACAUUGAGGAGAACCACUGAUUUUCAUUCAUUUACUAUCUCUUUUAUUGGAUUUUGCAGGAAGGACGAUUUUUGCUAAUUCUCCACAAAUGUAAAUGAAAACCAGGCUCCUGUGAAGUACUUACCAAGUGAUUUGCCACAGUUCCCUAGGUAGUGCAAAAUAGUGAGAAGCCCGUUUUAGGAUGCCUGUAACUCUCUGCUAGGGGGAUUAGGGGAGACCGGGGUUUUUACUCCAUAAUUAGUACAUCUUAUAGGGGUCAUUCCUAUGUGAUGCAGAGGGUUGUGGUCUUUCUUUCUUUCUUUUUCACUCCUGUGAAUUGAUUUGACAAAUUAUCAACCAGACUAUCACUAUUAAAGGGGUCACACAUGAGAUUUCAAUUAAAAAAUCCGAUUUUAAAAGCAUUUGUAAUUUUUAAUUUUUGUCCAAGGACAUUAAAUCAGUUUUAAAAACCGUAGAAACUCAACAAUGUUCAUCACUGUCUUUUAUAUUUGACUGUGCCUCUUUGUUUAGAUUCCCCUCUUAAAUAACGUAAAAUUAAGGUAUUUGAUAUUGCAAAACCAAAGUUAAGUUUGCAGACUAUUGUUGAUAUUAAAGAGGCUGAUAAUCAGUUAAAUUUCAAGCAGGAUAUUCAAAUUAAUGCUUGUGAGAAAACUUCAAGUUCCAGAGAUGAAUUUUCAGUUUGUGUCAAAUCUUUUUAAAGUAGUAUCCUCUGACAAGAAAGUCUCAUCCCGCUGAUUUUAGACAGUCAAAUGUACAAUGUACAAUGACUUGUAAAAACAAGUCUGGUUUCUCUGCUGCUCAACCGACACCUUCCCCCUUUGGACCAUUGUCAGGCUUUUAAAAUUACAAUAUUAAAAUGAUCUUGUCACUAAUGGUCUUGUUUGCUUUUGUACACCUGAAACAAAACAUCAGUUUGAAUUUCAGUCUACUUCAUGAACAUCAAAAUACUCCUUACAGGAGCUUUAAUGAAUUUAAUGCAGAUGCUUUUAUGUGAACUUCAAAGAAAACAAGACCAUCACAUGUAAAUGGAUUGUUUAUGGUGCACUUUCUUUAGUCUUCUAACCCCUGUGAGCCUUUUUAUAUUACAUGUCAUGUAUACACUGACAGCAGAGGCUCAUAUGUAAAGUAUCCAUCUGUAUGAACUACCCUAUUGAUACAAAAAGAGUAUUUUUGGGUUCAAGGACACUGAAUCGAAACCCAGUGCAGAUCCUUUAGAGGUGACAGACUCUUCCACUAGACAGGUCAGUUUUUACACCUGUAACCACUUCCACCCGAUAGGUGCCAGACAACAACACCACCAAAGAAGCCUUUGUUGAAUUUUCUACAGCGAAGACUCACAGUCAGUGUUCGAGUUAAAGGAAAGCAGGAUGACAUUUUAAGUCAUAAAACCUCCCGACACUUGAACAGAACAAGAUCAGCUAUGAGAUCAAAAAGUUCCCGCCGGGAUCUCUAAUAUCAACAUAAGCAGAACGGUCCUCAUAGGAGCUUUUAAGUCGCUCAACGCGUUUCCUUAGGAGCCUUCUGUUGAUACAAGGCAUAUCUGGCACCAUAAACAAGGCCAACGCCAGCCUGGAACACAAUGAGCGCUGUUUUAAAAUCUAUUCUUACCCUCAUCUGUGGCCUCUGGAGGCGUUUCAAGGCUGUGAAGCAUGAUCAUAUUCUCUCCUCUGGGUUAUAAUACAGGGUCCACAGGUUCUACAUUAAGUUAGUGGAUGGCCCAAAAAAAGGAUAAUGCAGGAUUUAUUCAAUAAAGAUACAAACAAACAAAUAUUUAGGACAACCUCCUCGAGCAAACAACUGUCACUUUAUCCCACCGUGAGGAUUUUUGACCUAAAUUUAAUACAUCUAGUCAGUUUGUUAUAAGUUGUAUGUCAUAUCUCUUAUCACCAGUCUAUAAGAAGCAACACUGGUAUUCUUAAAAAGUAAAAUAAAUAAAACUUAAUAUAAAUAGAGAGAAUAGUUUACCCUUGUGUAGGUUGCUCUCAUUUAAGUUGGGUCAUAAAGCCUUUUUUAAAUCCAAUCCAAUCCACUUUAUUUAUUUAGCACAUUUUAAAAAAAACAAUUAAAUUUAGUAAAGUUUAGUUAAGUUUAGCAAAGUGCUCCACAGUGCGGUAAAAUAAAUUAAAACACACAGAACAUGAAAUGCUAAAAUAAAAGAAUCAUAAUAAGAAACACAUAAAAACAUUUUUAGCAUUACAUGUUCCAGAAAUAAGAAAAACAUGUAGUUAUUCCAGUGUUUUUUAAACCACAAUUUAAAUGUUGUCUAUUUAUUAAACUGUGACUUUUCCUUUAUUGCCACCAGUGGGCCACGUGCUGCCAGGAUGGCUGGCUGAAGAAGAAGAAGAAGAAGAAGAAGAAGAAGAAGAAGAAGAAGAAGGAAAGGAAGAGGAAGAGGAAGAAGACGAAGAAGAGGAAGAAGGAGAAGAAGAAGAAAAAGGAGAGGAAGAGGAAGAAGAAGAGGAAGAAGAAGAAGAAGAAGAAGAAGAAGAAGUAGAAGAAGAAGAAGAAGAGGAAGAGGAAGAAGAAGAAGGAGAGGAAGAAGAAGAAGGAGAAGAAGAAGAGUUGUCAUGCACAAUUUGGAUAGAUUUGAUUGUCAAAACAGCACAAAUGGAGAAUAAACACCAUCAUGGGUCACAGCAGCUCCUGGUCCUGGAAGGCCACUGUUGCUUCUAGAUCUUCACCAUGGCCAGGGGUGAGUAAGGGAGCUAUACCAUCUAAAAUCUGACUAAUUUCAACCCUCCGUACCGUUCAAAGAAUUUUUUGAAACAUCUUGAUACAAAGAUAGAAAAAUAUGGUCACAAAUUGUAAUUUUAGAGGUAACAAACACUACAUGAUGAUCAUCCCUGCAUUAUCCUGAGUAUGUUAGUAUGCUAAAUUUGUCAUAAACUCAAAAAAUAUCCCUGUGCUUAAAAAGUAGAGGCCUCCCAGAGAACAUACCACUUUCCUAAUCUCAGUUUAUUGCCAGAUAUAAGUGUCUGCAUCCAACAUUUAGUCAUUUUUCUUAAAUAUUUUGAAAGAAAAAUGUUAGUUAUUGAGAGAAAUCAAGAAAUCAGAGAAGUAAAUGUGAAUCUAUUCCCGUUUAAACAUAAAUGUGAGUAUUUCAAGGACAUCUCUUCCCCUUUUGUGUCUUUUUUGUGCCUGUAUGUGCUGUACAUGUUCCUCAUUGUGUUUCCCUCCAUUCAGCUGACUGUGUGAAUGUGGGAACAGUAAAGCAGCCGUCAAGCUAACCUGCUCCUGUGUGUUCUGGUUGACUUGUUUAGCAGUUGUGUAUUCACAUCCAUGUAUCGAUGGAGGCUUUUGUUUGUUUGGGCAGGAAAGCUCUGUCUAUUGUCUGAUAUGUGGCUCCCUCUCUUUCUUUCUGCGCGUGUGUUUCUAUUGUGAUGCUACGCGAGAACGCCGAGGCCGCUUUUGUUGAUGUCUUUGUAGAAUGUUAUUUUGGCAUUGUGCAUCCAGAACGGUGACGUUUGCUGUGACGUGUGCACUUGAACAUCGAAGAAUGUGACAGUGAAGGUCAUUUCUGUGGGAAGAAAUUCUGGAUUGUUACUCUGGUUGAUAUUCUAUCCAACAAGAGUUUUUCUGGUUAGGCCUUAAAGUGAAAAAUGUACAAAUUAUGGAGUCAAAAGCUUUGUUUAUUUUCAAGUAUAAUGUCAUUUUUGACCACAAUGAAGCAAAGCCCCAAUUCAUAGCCAAUAUCAUAAGCUGGCUGCAAAAAUUGACUUUAUGGACGGGUGUGUAAGUGGUUUCUGGGGCUUUUGCAGCCAGCCUCUAGUGGACACUCAAGGAACUGCAGUUUUUGGCACUUCCACAUCAGCUUAAUUUCUUCGCACCUUCACACUUUGUUCUUUCCUCAUCCUUUGUUUACUACUUAAAAAAUACUCUUUAAUCAAUGAAGUUGUUGUCAUUUGCUGUAUCACAUUGACGCUAUGGUGCUUUUUAAAACUGUUAGAUAAGAUAUAUGGCCAUCAUGAGGGCCAUUUACUCUGAUUUAAUUUAGCAAAAACUUUUCUGCAACACUUCCGUGCUUCAUUACAUGUAAUGAGUCUGGUUAAAGCUCCUGUGAGCAACUUCUGGUUAGAGUUACUUUAGCACCCCUUGUAGUCUCCUUGAUUUUUUCCAAUCCAUGUGCAAGCAGUGUUCCUCCCCCCCAAAUUUUUUACUAUAAUCAAACGUAUCACUCAGGUAGAAUCUAUGAAAAGUUUGCAGAAAGUUUGUUUCUGGCAUUGUGGCAUUGCACAUUGUAGCAUUGUACCAUUGUGUACUCAAGUGAUGGCAGACAAAUAUCUAAUGAAGAUAUUACUGAUUGGAGCAAAGAAGACUAUAACAAGGAAGUGGUUACAACCCAACUCACCGACACUGGAAGACUGGCAAGGAACUGUUUACGAAAUUUACAUUACAGAAAGAUUGACAUUCGCUCUGAGACUACGGUCGGAGACAUUUAAGAGACAUUGGUCGAAAUGGAUCAGAUAAAUAAGAGCACAGAGACCUGAACUGCUCUAAAUACCUCUGAUACAUGGCUUGAAGUACCAGAUUAUUAAACUACUUGGACAACUGAAAACCGAUAUUGGUAAAUCUUGUGGAAAAUUAGGAAAUGUGACAUCCAUUGUUCAAAUCUUCUUACUUUACAUAUUAUAAAAUGAAAGGGAGUGUAAUAGACUGGAGAAUAUGUUCGUCUAAUUGGGCAUGUUUGUUUGCUUUGCCACAAGCGAUUGGACUCAUUUUGUAUGUUUCUCCCUGCUAAAAAUAACCUUAAAAAAAGAAAGAAAGAAAUAGUAAAUCUGUAUGAGGAUGGUCUUGUUUGCUUUUGGAGUUCAUAGACAGACAACAGAAUUGAUUUCAGUCUAUUUCAUAACCGCCUAAAACUACGUAUAGUAGCUUUAAUGAACAAAUAUGUUAUAUUCUCAAUAGGAAGAGCAAACAGGUAACAGACCCAACAGAGAUGAACAAUUAUGUUCUGGGAAUUUGUCAGAUUCUUGGGGUUAUAAUGAAAGUGCUGUAAGAUAAGAUAAAUAGCGAGUCAUGCAGGGUUAGAUAAUCAUGACGGAUCAGGAUUUCACCCUCAAGUCAUAACUCAGAUACAAAAAAACUGAGAGGGACCUUCAGGCUGUUACUAAGAAAGCUUCUUAUCUGACUUUGCUGUUUAAGGUUAACAAGAAGGAACCUGGAUUUACCACAUCACAUUUCUAACGCUGCAGCAGUUGGUUACAGCUGCCUAUAAGAUUCAGUUUCAUCAUCUGUCUUAGCCGAUGAAGUGUCUUUGUGAUAUGAUCAUUUGCAGCCCAGUGUUUACGAACACACAGACUGUAUGCACAAACAAAUGCUGUGUGGACUUGGGAGCAUACAGGAGAGACAUUAAAACCCACUCAAGGGAAAACUGAAGUGGCCUUGUGAGCGUGUUGUAGUUUGUCACUUUCUGGAAACCCCUGAGGAUAAAGUGAUACACAGGAUCAUGUGAAGAAAGUACUCUCUGAGAAAAGUUAUCAUCCACUUUGAUGUAAAAGAAAAAAAGCGGCUCUAGUAGGCCGCCACUGAUCUGUUAAGAUAGAACUAUGUAUAAGUAUUAAUAAAAUAGGAUUCAUCAGGCUCAUCAUGAGUAGUCUUGUUUGCUAAUCAAAUACAUAAUUACAUCAACCAAUCAGUGAAGUGAUCAGCUUUGAUCAGACAGGGCCUUUGCACUUUGUCCUGUGGCAGGUUUGAAGUCUUGAUUGCCGCAUUAUUCCAGUCACUGUUGAGGGCUGAACUUGGGACAGGGCAGAACUUUGAUUUGAUCUGAAACUAGAGAUAGGUAUCUGCUAAAAUACUGACCUUUCACGGUGAAUUUAGCAUCAACUAUGAUGCCUCAAAUCUGUGUAAAAUGCAAUUAAUUGACUCUUAAUCUGCAACAGAAGAUUCAGUAAUGCAAUAUUCCGUCUGGUUUAGUAUCAAAGUAUCAGUUUUAUCAAAUAAAGACACAAGUUAUUCAUCUUUCUGUAAUGGGAACAGCUGUAAAAUGCUCAUAGUGCUCUUCAAUUAUUUGCAGUACAAAUUUCAAACUGUUCAGUAUUGAGGCUAAAUGAUACGGAUGAUAAAUAAAUCAGUGCACAUGAUAAUCCUGCUUUGAGUUUUGGUUCUUUCAUGUAGUUAAUAAUAAGAUGCAUUUAAUCUGACUUUUUUGAGUAAAUAUCCUUGAAGAACACAUAUGAACAUUUUAAUGUCAGGGAAAUUGACCUUUUGACCUUUUUACGCCUGUUUGACAUUUUGAUAUUUUACCCUGGUGGGGGAAACCUUGGAAUAAUCAAUCCAUCAGUCUUUAUUUAUAAGGCACUUUUCCUACACAACCAUGUAGCACAAAGUGCUUUAAACAGAAAAAGGAAAAAAAAGGAAAAAAAAAAAAACCCAAAUCUACCCCGGCCCAACCCCUCAUUCCCACCCCACGAUGUAAAUACAUCAGAAACAGUAUUACAAUACAUGAACUUAUAAAGGGCAUGAUUUUGUGGAAAAAAGGAUGUGCACACUGAGGAAACAUCUUUCAAAAACUCAAGAAAAGGGAAUAGGGCCCGACCAAUACUGUUUUUUUGGGGACAAUGCCAAUACUGAUUAUUAGUGGGGGAUUCGAUUACAGAUGUAUCGGCUGAUUUUUCUUUUUUAUUUAAGUAAAGUUAUAAAAAAUAUAUACCGUAGAUAUCUACAGUAUGUGUACGGUAGAUAUACUGUAGACUACUGUUCUUUGCGCCGACAGGAAGACCGACUCAUCAAACUCGGACCAGAAAAGCAUUUUCAACUGCCCCCCCAUCCCCACUGCUGCCGCCACCGAUCGGUGCCUCCGCGUCUUAACUCACGUUACUCAUUUCCGGUCCAGUCUCAUCUGGAGACAUGCAGCGGCCUCAGUCAGAGAAGUAGCUCGUUCACGUAAUGUGUACUGCUGUUUAUUCUGUCGUUACUGGAAUGGCUAACAGUGUAGCGAGGCUAAUAGCAGAUGGCUAACGCUAGCUUUAGCUUGCGUAUUACAUGGUGCUUCACCGUUAACCCGGUGUGACCGAGACCAGCACAGCGGGGAACAUCGUGAAGUGGGUUGAACUGAAGCUUGUUGACUUAUUGUGUAUUUCACAAACUGGUUUAUUUACCGUUGAGGCGGACCACUCUCCUCCGUGUGUCCCUGAGCUGCCACUCAGUGGAUGAAGUUUGUCAUGAUGUCGCUGCGCCAUCUACAGGAUAAGUCAGGUAACUUUUUCAAAUGGCGGAACAUUUUUGAAGUUAAACCGAAUCUUAUCCUCUGCAUUUUAUUUCUGAAAAUAUCGGCGAAAAGUUUCAGCUGAUUACCGAUUAAUCUAAAACGGGCUAAAAUUGGCCGAUUUAAUCGGCUCGCCCCAUAAGGAAACACUGGAGGUGUAGGUUAAAUCCAAAAACAGUAACAUAGAAUGAAAUUUAAGAAAUAAUAAAUACAAUGAAAUAAAAACAACAGUAAAAGAUACUAAAAUAAGAGCACCAAAAUAGCUCAAUAAAAGAUGAUCCUGUCACUAAAACCAGAAUAGAUAAAUGCUAAAACACUUAAACAAAGUUAAUGAUAUAAAAUUUAGUAAAAAGCAAGACUAAAAAGGUACGUUUUUAAUUUGCUUUUAAAUAAUAAAAGGGAAAAAGUCCUUAUAUGUUUAUCUGCCUGCAGAAGAAAUAUUAUGGAGUCCCUAUUUUGUUAUAUUGUGUUCCCAUAGAGACGGCUGCCUCAGCAGUGAUUGGCUAUUACUGCAAAAAUGCGGUGUAUGAUUACUCUGGUUCUUUACAGCAGGAGGAACCCUGCAAGACACAAUACCCUGUCCCAGCUUUUCUGGAGCUCGUGUGUGGGUGACAUUGUGCCAUUGUGCCUGCGUUUUCUCGUCCUUUGUGUUUUCUGUGCAGCGCUCACUGUACCUCUCAUCCUACAUUACCCAGAUCCACCGAGAGUCAGCUCAGCUUUCAUUGGCCUGUCUCCACUUUCCCUCUCAGUCUUCACCGUCUGGUGGGAUCUGCGCACAAAGAGCGCGUAGCCAAUCAGAGCCACCCUCUGAUAAACUUCAGCCAAUGUCCUCUAGCCUCUUAUUUACAUAGAGAUGUUGAGAGCCAAUCAGGAGUCAGCACAUGAGAGGAUUUUUACCCCUUUAUCCAAUGACUGUGGGAGGUAUAGAGUUUUGGGGAGUGCAUAUAAUCAACAUAUUAUCGAAGGUGCUUAGAUAUUGAUCCUGUAUUUCGAGGUAGUUCAAAUUCGCCUCUCUUGGACCUUCGCGUUUGACCUCAAAUUUCCCCUGCUUGGUGGAGGAUAAUAAACGCGUAAAAUGCCGAAGAGAAAGGUGAGUGUCGUUUGUGCUAUCUGGAUCACUUCACUGUAGUUUCCCCUGCUCUUGCAUUUGAGGAAAAUAGCGGUGCGCGAUUUUCUGUGGCGACGUCGAGGCAGGUGAGCUGGUGCCAAACUUUGAAGAAGCGCCUCCUCGCUUGCAACAUUUCCAGGCUUAUUUUCCGCCUCUUCGCGUCCAUGUGGAACAUUUUCAACAAGAUUUUUCUAUUUAUACUGCAAAUGCCCAUGUGUUCAUAUUAAUGGCCGUUCCUGUCCUCCUUUUUUUUCCCCCUGCCACUUCCCUGUCCACUGUACGCACUGGUGAAUGUCAGACGGAGCCGCCGGAUGGAUGGAUGCGUAAAUCCCGUAGAAGACGUGCGUGAUGAUAAUUCUUCUGGGCGCGUUUUACGCAUGUAUCAGACUAAUCAAUUUUGAAUGAUCGGUAAUCUAAUAGUGGGGGGGAAAUACAUAUCACCUCCCCACCUCGUGUUUUUUCUCUCCGGUGGAGAUGAGUGCUGUCUGGUUGUACCUACCCCUAUCCAAAAGGAGAGAAAGGAAUAAAGAAAGAGGGGAUCAGAGACAAUUGCUGCGCGUAUAAAGGGAAUGUGACAGUCUCUAAACAGCAUUGCACGACGAGCUCACGUGCAUUGUAGAACUGCAUACAUGGAAAUAGGCUUCCCUACCAUCCAAAAAAAAAAAAAAAAAAUAUGCCAUUGUCUGCGCACAUUCGCCUUUGAGGACAGAGAAUGGGAGGCCUCGAGGGGCGGAGGUCGCCCACAUGCAAAUGAUGCGAUAACCAACCUGCGGGCUAAACCAACCUUUUUUUUUUUUCCACCACCGUGGGGGUGGACUCUACCGUGCGUUGUCCUUACCUGCAGCCUGUGCAGACCGUGUCCGUGAUGUUACUGCCUCAAUGUGGGCUGACAGCCUUCAGUGUGUGUUAUUGUCUAAAUGAAGCCAUGUUGACUUUUCUGUUUAGGGGGCUUUAUUAUGCCAACAAGAUUACUCCAUCAACAUGGUAAUUACCAUGGAGAUCAUAAGUCUAUCCCUCUGAUUGAAUAAUUUGAAAUGUAACACUCAUCUGUUAAUUCAUUUUGAGCUAAAUUCAAAAUAAUUCAUGAAUCAAAAGCAUGAGAGCAACUUUUCCUUUUAUUUCUAAUACAAGGUACAAAUAAGGUUGUAUCCAGUGGUGCACUCAGACUAUUUGAGGGGCAGGGGCAAAAAUACAAAAAGGGCACCUGCUAUUCCACCAAGCACCAGCAGACGGAAACCUGUGAUUGAUUAAGUACUGCCUGUUGCGGCAUUAGGGUCCCUUUGUAAGCUCAUUUGCGCCCUUGGACAUAUGUUAUCAUAAAGUAGUCACACGAGCUUAUCCAUAGCCUUACACAAAUAAGGGUGGGCUGGGUUUGACAGCCUGGACAAGUAUGUAGGUAGGUAAGUAAGUAAAGUUUAUUUAUAGAGCGCUUUUCACAGAUAAAAAAACACGAGAGCUGAACAUAAAAAGUGCAAUUAGAUAAACAUAAAACGAUUUAAAAAAGAUAAGUACAUAUACAUACAUAAAUACGUAUGCUAAAGAUUACAUAAUCGGGAUAGUUUUUCACACCACUGCUAACCACAGUGAAAUUAUGAAAUAAAAUAAUGUAUAAAGAAAAUACAAGAUCAUAAAUUCAUAAACAAAUAAGAAUCAUACUAACUCAGUAAUCUGUGAUAUUUCCAUAUAUUCACUGAAAACUGCACAGUGUAAUGUAAAACACACACACAAGCUCCUAUAAGGAUGUUUUUGAUAUUCAUAAAUAAUAUUCAAAAUCAAUCUAGACAUCAGGGACAGGACUUUUUUUUAUAUCUUCAUUUUCAUUGUCUGAAAUCAGUGCACGGGGGUAGGUUUAAGGCUUGCAGCUGAAGAGACAGCUCUGUUUUUAUCAUAAAUGCCACAUUUGACUGUCUAAAGUCAGCAGGAUCAGAUCUGUUAUCAUAAAUAAUGACUAAAGCAUGUAGUGUCCAAUAUGCGACAAGUGAAGACUGCUUUGUCCACAGGGGGCGCCAAAAGUUUAUCAGAGGAGCUUUAAGUCACAAAAUUUGCAUAACAAAUAAACAUGUAUAAUCAGAUCUAAUUAUAAAUAGAGCAGUUUGUUAAAAUUUUGACUGAGAACACAUCUGAGGGGGCACCCUGGUGCCUUAAACCCACUGAAAGGUCACCUAAGAGGAUAAUUUAUGUUUUAUCAACAACAGAAAUACUGAAGAGGGCACUGCAGCUGUGUUUUUUUCAGACAUGGGAGCCAGAGGGGAAGAUUGCCCACCCUUACCCCCCUCUGAGUACACCACUGGCUUUAACAAACUUUAUUUUUAAGUUACAAUCAGCAGUUUUUAAAAAAAUACGCUAAAAUAUUAAAUCUUACUUGGUUUCAAUUUGCUGGUUCACAUGUUAAAAUUAUAUAGAAAGUAGUGAAUCUUUCUCUUGUUUGCCCUUGUUGGUAACAAAUUUGGUAUAUUAUAUGAAUAUUAAUGUCAGUCUGUUUCAUAAUCAGCUAAAAAAGUCCUCACAGCAGCUUUAAGUCAACAGAAAAGACCUUUCCUGUAUGGAAAUUAAAAUGCAGUACAUCAACUCUGAAAACGGUGCUUAUAAAUUAUAAAGUUUGUUGAUGUUUCAUAAAUUGAAUAUUUAAACAACUCUCAGUGAUAUACAUUAUUAAUAAAUACGAUAGUUUUUAUUUGAAUUUACAAUUACACAAUAAACUCUGGUUAUCUUCCUCAUUUAUGUGGAUUUAUGAACAAACAUUCACUGUACGUACGCUGUAUGACUGCAGAUGUGCGCCUGCCCUGACUUGCCCUGUUAACAGUCUCCUUGUUGUGUUUCCUUCAGUCUCCAGAGGGUCCUGAGGGCAAGGAGGCCUCCAAAGUCACAAAACAAUUGGUAAAUAUUUGGUGUGUUUGCGUGCCAUGUGCAGGUGUGUAGGUGUGCUGUGUUUUCUGUCAGCGUGUGAGGGUGAGAGACGUAACACAACAUAUCACUGAUUAGGACACUUGUAGCAUUCAUACAGCAGACUGCUCCAGAUCAGGCCGCAAAGGUACAACUGAUAUCUCUCUCUCUCUUUCUGUCACUGUCUCUCUCCCUCUCUCUCUCAUUCAUCAUCCCUUGCUCCGGUAGCCCACCAGAAGGUCCGAGAGAUUGUCAGCGGUAAGUGUCGUUCUACCGUUCCUGUCUUCACCUCUGGUUCUGUCUUCUCCCUGACCUCCCCCCUCUUCGCAAACCCUCUGUUGUAGGAUAGUAAGGCUCUAACCCAGUUCAUGGACCAGAUCAAAGCUAUUUCCAAAGUCCAUCAGCAUGCAAUCAGAGGAUUGUGUCUGGCUUCUUAUGCAUGUCUUUUCAAUGUUGUCUUUGUCCUUUGAAAUGGGUUUUGUAGCAUCUUGUGGAUGUGUCGGGUUGCAUGAUCUUAGGUAUUUAUCAUUUUUUGAUCCGUACCAAUGAGGUCUUUUUCUAUUUCAAAUGUACCAUAGAUUAAAAAUACACAACUGUUAUGCAGAGGGAUUCAUAGAAAACCUGUCAUUUCCAUCUAAUUUGCAAGAGAAAAUUCCAAUCCCCCCAGGACAUGGGUGAUAUUUAUGAUAAUAUUAUUUCACACUUACAUAAUGUUUCAAGUGAUCGUGCAGCUCUGCAAACCACUGCAUGUGUUUUUAUCUGUGUUCUUUGCAUGUCUUUGCAUGUGCCAGUUCAUUUGCAUGUGCCCCUAAAAUGAAUAAUUUGCCAUUUUUCCAAAUAGUCUUAUCUCACCAUUGCUGGAACUUAGCUGAGAAGAUUGAUACCAUGCUUAUGUCUGUAUGCUAGCUGUAAGUUAGCUUAGUUAUGGAUAAAAAAAUUUCAAAACUGUGCUAAAACCUGUGUGAAAUGUCAAACUUCCACCUCACAGCAUGUGAGGAACAGGAAGUCAGCAUGACAACCUCAGAAUUGGAGAUAUGGGAACCACUUUGUUGGUCUUCAUGAGGCCUGGAGCAGCAGCACUCUGAGUCAGACGCAGUUGGCUGAUUAAUUAUUUUACAAAGAACUUCAGGGGUACAAUGAAAAUUGAUUAAAUAAUGUGUGUCUUAUUGGUCGACAUAAAUACUAUUAAUUGAAAUCAAUUUUAGGUCUUUUGGUCCCAUGACAUCCCCAAUCCAAGAUAUAUCCUCAAGAGAUAGUAGAUAGACUUUAAAAGUGUCUUGAUACGUUUUUUUAAAAGGUGUAGGUCAGUCCAUUGCUUGGUCAGCAUUUUUAAAAAUACUUCUUUUAAUCUUGAUGUUGACUUUUAUUUGUUCCUCCUUGAGUUCAAAAACUAUGAUGCAUUUACUGAGGGCUUGCAUGGGUCCCUGGUGACAUUGCAUGUUUGUGUGUCAUCUGCGUAGCUAUGAUGACUUGCUUUGUUAUUCUCUAUAAUCAGAGCUGGUGGGAGUAUGUAAAUGCUGAACAAAAGAAGCCCCAGAAUAGAGCCUUGGGGAACUCCAUAACACCGUUUUUGUUUGCGCAGAUGUGAAAUUACCUUCUGAUACAUUGUUCUCUUUGUCUGUCAUGCAGGAGUUAAACCAAAUGAGUACACUGCCAGAAAGUCCUAUCUGAUUCUCCAGUCAGUCAAGUGAUAAAUUGUUGUCAUUCAAGCUAAGCUAACUCCACCCCCUUGACCAAGCUAACCCUCUCCUGACAGCUUAAUAUGUAACAAACAGAAAUGAGAAUGGAAAGAGGAAGAAAGGGAAAUAAAUCAUGUAUAUUUACCCUCAAUUUUUCUUCAGAGCACCAUGUGAAUAAGCUAGCAAAUCAUUUGCCUUACAACGCAGGGAAUUUAUCUACAAGGUUAUACUAUUUUAGCAGUAAACCAUUGCUUUUUGUUAUACAUCGGCUACUAUUUAGGCCGUUUGCCACAUUUUACAAAACUGUGUGUAUCUCCUCAUCUUAGUUUGAAAUGCUUUUUGCAAAUAGACUCAGGAUCACACUGAGAUAUUCUUAGAAAUAACCACAUGAUUAGAUUUUUUCACAGCUGCGAUUCAGGGUAACACACUCCAAACUCUGCAGUCUUCUAAAAGCUCUGCCGUGAACUUGCACGCACUGACUGGCACGAGUUUUAGGUCCCAUCUGAUAUAGUAAUUGUACAGUGGUCUGAGGUCAGUUCACUUUGAGAGGAGGCGGAUAUUUAAAACUCCUCAGCGCAGGGAUAUGGCAGAUCCUAUUGCUUAGAGAAUAUAGGAUGAUCACAUUAUUAUAAGUAAUACAUAAAGUGGGAACAAGUACAGACAUCCACAUUUCUUGUAGUUUUUCAAACAUUGAAGAAAAGUCCCUGUAGGUGCAGAGGAGAGAAGAUCUGGACAUAGACUAUCACUGCUCCAGAGUUGACUGUAUGACAGUGAAGCUGGUCAGUGCUAACUGACUUCUUCCUCAUUUACAGAGACCUGCUCCACCCAAGUCUGAGGCCAAACCCAGGAAGGCCAUCGCUAAGGUAAAGUAAACACACGCUAACACUCACACUCGUGUGUUAACAUCAUAGUCCAUGUAGACACAAUGAUGGCUACUGUAAUAGAUUGGAAACGACAUAAAUUUGUUACAGUCUAAGGCUCAACACUAGAUCAAGUUUACAACCACAGCUCCUCACUUGGGGCUGAUCAUGUGAACAAAUACACAGGAAUUUAUUGCUGUGCUUUAGGUGAACCAAAAAUACAUCCUUGAAUUUAAUAUCAGAUAUUUUAUCACCCCGAUGUACUCCAAUAAUGCGCAGUAUUAUCAACAUUUUUCUCUCACCCUUUUUGUGAUGGAAGAAUUUGGUUACAACUUUUAUUUUGCUAUAGAAAACAGCAAAAAAUAAACAUUAUAGUGCUAUCAGGUUAGCAACGAGUCUCUACUGAGACACUUGUUAUGAAUAAAAUGAAUUGAUGAGCCUUAAAUAUAGAUUUAUGGCAAGUUUUCUAAAUAGUUUUUUGUUUUAAAAUGCUUGUUUAGAAUUUAAAACAAAGGUGAAAUGAUAAAAUUCUGUGUUUACUUUAAUGAAACUAUUCAAGAGUUUUUGAAAUAUUUUCCAUGUUUGUUAUCAUGAAAUAUUGAUGGAGAUGCAUUGUUCAUUUCUUUUAUUCUUUUGGCUGGUGCAGAAGGUGGCAGACGAUAAGGGGGCAAAGGUAAAGAAAGGCAGCACUAAGGGGAAGAAGGAAGACGGCCCAGCCCAGAACGGAGAGACCAAGACCAAUGAGGUACGAGGAGAGAGAGCUGAAAAAAAAAACCACAUGAUUAACCAGAGAAAAGUGAUGCUAAAGGUACAAUGUGCAGAAUUUUGCAGCAUUUAGAAGAACGGGCUCACUAUUCAUAAGUGUUUAAAGCAGCGUUAACUUGAAAAGAGCUUUUUAUACCUACAUACAGCUUUUAAAUAUAGGAACAGAUCAUCCGUCAUCUUUAAGCGGACAAACGCAACUAGGCCCAACCAAUAUGGGUUUUUUGGGGCCGAUGCUGAUACCAAUCAUUACAGGGGGUAAAAAUCCGAUUACAGAUUAAUCCGGUGAUCAAACUCAGACCAGAAAAGCGUUUUCAACGAUCAGUGGCUCCGCGUCUUAACUCACAUUACACAUUUCCGGUCCGGUCUCAUCUGGAGACAUGCAGCUGCCUCAGUAAGAGAAGUAGCUCGCUCACGUAAUGUGUACUGUUGUUUAUUCUACCUUUUCUGGCACAGCUAACAGUGUAGCAAAGCUAAUAGCAGAUGGCUAACUCUAACUUUAGCUUGCAUAUUACAUGGUGCUUCACCAUUAACUCGGCAUGACCGAGACUAGCACAGCGGGGAACAUAGUGAAGUCGGGGAACUUUUCAAAUUGUGGAACAUUUUCGAAGUGAAACCAAAGCUUAUUCUCUGCAUUUUAUUUCUGAAAAUAUCGGCGAAAAUCUGCGAGUUUUUGCCGAUUACCGAUUCGUCUCAAACAGGCUAAAAUUAGCCAAUUUAAUCGGCUCCCCGAUAAAUCGGUCAGGCCCUACUCACAACACAUUAGCAACUGAAUUAUCACAUGAUAUGCAUCCACAUGCACACACUAGCCCAGUUACUAUAGAGUUUAAGAUGUUGAAAAAUUCACAAAGGGUUUUUGUCCUCAAAGGGCCACCGUUGCUUUACAAACAUGAAUGAUAAGCAGGGGGGAGCGUUUUCAAUCUAACAUCAGACAGCUAGAUGUUCUCCUUUCUCCACACUGUACCUUUAAGUCAGAGACACAGGAAUAACCACCUUCAUUUGCCCUUGUCUGUCAUUUUUGUGCAACCAUGAACAUACCUAUCCUGCACCCACAAUCCUUCACACCUUUCCACUCACAUGCAUGCACACACAUGCACAGAUCUAUGUGUCUCGUCCGUCUGUCAGUGUGUCCUCCAUCAGAAGCACGGCUCCCUCCUUGAUGUCAGUGAGAGGGCAGAGUGAGACAGUCAGAGUUAAGGGUACGCUCCGGUGCGCCUCAUCCAUCUUUGCUGUGUGUUUGGCGCUAACUCACCACUACUUACACCGAAGCUGUGUGUGUUAACCAAUCGAACAUUUACCCAGUGUGCUUUGCAGUGCUGUGUUGUGUUAAACAGAGGUGGAGGGUAAAGAAGAGAGUGAGGACAACUUUCAUUUUUGUUGCUGUGAAGUCAGCCAAAGACAACUUUUUGACACGCAGAGGUCUCGGUGCUCACACAGCAGGGAUGUGAAAUCUGAUUGGACAGCCGGCUCCACUGGUGGUCAGGCAGAGGAAACAGAUAGACAUCCACUACAGGGAGAUCACGCCGUCCAGAUUUCAUUUCCGUGCGCAGAUAGCAGAGGUGUCAUAGGUUUCAAAAAGUAGCUUUUCAGAUCGAUUUUGUAGAAAAAGUGAAGAAUUUGAAAUACAUUUGACAACUCGAUGCAGGAGUGUAUGUCUUAGUUUGAUCAGGUUUGUGCUUAUUUUUUUAAAACAAACUGAAUUCAACUGUUUUUCUAAAAACACUUUAAAAAGUAACGUACAUCAAAGUGAAUUUUUGACUUUUUAGAGAAGAAAAUUAAUGUGACAAUCACGUACACUUCUGCAUAGAGUUUGAUGAAAAGAUUCAUUGCCCUGUGCUGCGUAAUUGAAACCAUCUUCUUUUUAAAGCUUAUGAAAAUUGCUUUAUAUGUGUUGCACACAGCUUACAUUGCAAAACCAUCUCCACAGCAUAAAUAGAUCCACAAACGCAUACACUCAUCUGUAAAUAUGUAUAAAUAUGUAUGACAAUACACGUCAUCAGCUUCGGCUGAGGCAAGCCUCUCCAUUGGCUGUUUGUUUACAUGUAACACAUGAUCCACAAUUGCAUGUAGCAGUCUGUAAAUAUUGAUCAUGAGCCGCAAUGUGCCGAAAGGUUUUGUUUGCCCUGGGCGCAGGUUCACAGGAUUACUGUCAUGUACUUUAGUCAAUUUCAGCCACGCUGGUUACCUGUUUGAGUGAGUGAAGGACUUUUUUUUUUUAUCAAACCAGCUCCCCACAUGGUGUAUGUAGUGUAGAUGUUGUUUCUUUAGAUGCAUGAUUAUGAUAUUAUGAGGGAGGAGAUGUUGCUGAAAAAUCAUGCUGGUUGCCAGUUUACCUCUGCAUGUACAGUCCUCAUUGCGCCGAACGAUGGAUUCCCAGUCCCAACCUGAUUUGAUCCGUUUUACUCCCUCUCUCACCCCGCAUUCUCCUCUCUCUCAAGCUGUCCUGUAAACCUGUGAUUGGUCAGAGAAAAUUAUUGAUAAAAUCUUCAUUUGGCAGCUGAUAUCCUGACAAAAAAUAUUCAAAAACAGCAGAAUUAUCAUCGGAAACUGUUGCUACUACUAUUUAUACACAGUUGACCUGGAUUUUGACAUGAUACAAGCUCAAAACUGAACCAGGUCAACUGAGGAUACACUUUGUAAACUGGCUGAAGUCUUGUUUUUGUUGUGUUGAAAUCAUUGGAACAGAAGUUUAAUUUGAUAUUUUAAAGAAAGGAAUAGAGCAAAUCAGGAGGAUUACCUUCUUACCGGAUGUGUGUUGAUAAGGCAGUCAACCUGUACCACGAUACAGAAACAGAAGAAGAAGAAGAAGAAGACCUUUAUUGCCAUCACAUGUAAACAUGUUAGGAAUCUGUUUUGGUAUUAUUUUUAGAGUGCAGUUUCAGACAACAUGACAAGUGUAAGAUGCUUGCCAAGCUAAGUGUUGGUUUUAAGUGGUGCUAUGUUCUAUCUUAUCAAGCAAGCGAGUCUUUAUUUUUUAAUUGGCAGGUUUCUCAGGUAGGCAGAGUUUUGAAUUUUUGCUGUUUUAUCCUGUUUUUAGCCUUUAUGCUAAGCUAGGCUAAGCACCAUCCUAACAUGCUCCACAUUGAUUCCUUUAAAAUUGCAGCCUGUUGUCAAAUCUGCUCGUGGUAACACCUGCUCCUUUGUGCUUCUUCCCCCCCGUCAGGUAACUGAGGCAGCUGAGGAGGUGAGCGAGGAGAAGGCGUAAAGGGGUGUCCGCUGGCUCACCCACCUCUGACUCCAUGGCAGCAAAGCAUCUUUUUUUACUGACGAUUUUUGUACCAUGCUGAUUUUUUUUAGACUUGUGAUAGUAGAGAUGGACAACCAGCAGCCCUAUCCCUGUAUUUUCACUCUCUUUUCAAGACGACUCUACCUACCUACACUAUGUUUUUGCUCCAUUCUCCUCCCCUCCUCCACUGGACACAGUUAUAAAACUUUUAGACACUGAAAAAUGAAACUAUUGUUUGUAUCAGGUGGCUGCAGGUGUCCUCCAUUUUGCCUUUUGGGGGUGUAAACACGACUGUUAUGACCUUUUAGCCAGCUUGCCCAUAUUUGUAGUCUCUUUAUUACAAGCAUGCUGGCUAGUUCCCCUCCUGAUAUUUAAGGCAGUGAUUUUUUGAUGCGCAACAAAAGUUUGGGUUCAAACUUUGUAUCCAGAUUCAUUAUCACACCAUGGAGGACACCUGCAGCUUUUUAAAAAGACAUCUUAGACCCCACAUUUACCCUCUCCUCUGUGUUUCACAUAGCUCAUUUUGUAUGUGUGUGUGCUAGAAUGAAUGUGAUUGUGGGUCUCUGUGUUUGACUUUGUUCCCUCAUGUUCCCUUUAUUUUUUCCACCCCACCUGACCACCUUGUCCUGCAGCAGAGUGACAUAGCAAUAAUGAGUGGUGCUUCUGUUCUAGACGGCUCUAUUGGCUUUGGACCCUCUGGGCUUCUCUGAGUUUCAUCCUGUUGGGAGAAUAUUUUGAAAUAAAAGAAAAAGUUGAUGUCA